AUGCCGCGCGCGGCGGGGGAGGAGGUGGCGCUGGCGGCACUGGAUUUGCUGUUGCCCGGCGCCCAGAUGCGGCGCUUGCCCUUCUCGCUGGCGGAGCUCAAAGCGGCGCAGCUCCCCCCGCUGCUCCGCGCCCUGCGAGUGAAGCGCUCCUCGGCGCAGAAGCCGAUCCACGAGCUGCUGGUGAGGCUGCAGGCUGCCAAGUCUGGCCAGGAGCCGACGGACAGCCGCGAGUGUGAGGAGCCUGCUGAAUAG